CUACCUGACCUGACCUGACCUGACCUGACCUGACCUGACCUCCGACAUCCACCUACCUCCUACCUACCUCCUACAGGUACCCCCGACUCUACCACAACCCACUUCCCCAUCGGCAUCAUUGCACCUCUCACCUCCACCGCAGAGCCGUGGAGCGCAUCGACCUACAUUUGGUAGCUCUGACCGCCAAUACCUCAGCGUGUCCGCCGCUGCGCUGCUCCGGCAGAGAGAACGUCAUCCACCGCCUUGGUUGUCAGCCCAGCUCCCCACACUCCAUCCUUCCAUCCUCCUCUUCUUUCCUCUCUCUCUCUCUCUCUGCUUCCUCUCCCCUUCUUCCCACCUCCACAAACUCGCCGAACAUGGAUGCCACACACAACACCGGCGUUGUCUCGCAGGACACGCUCAUCAUCAUCAAAAUCAGCGUCAACGAGCAGCUCAAGAAGCUGAAGCUGCCGCUGCGUGAUCUUGGCGCUUCGGUGCUGCCUGAUAAGCUCCGCCGCGUACUCGAUAUCAAGCCAGAGCAGCACGUCGUGCUCGAGCGCUUUUCCGACUCGGCCGGCGGCUACAUCACCCUCGACCAAACCAAUCCUCAGGUCUUCAAGACUCUUAUCCGCGCAGCAAAAGCCAAGGGAAAGCUGCGACUGAAGGCGACCGUGAGCUCCGUCGCGGCACCGGAAAACAAGGAGGCAGGCGAGCUCAAGGUAGCCCCGAAAGAGAUGGCACCACUGAUUGCUUCGCCAUCUCGCGACUCAGUGUCCCUCGAUAAGCGCUCCAUUGGCAGCGGGAUAUUCCAGUUCCGUGACGCGCGCAAUAGCCAACAAACCUUGGUCAAUGACGAGGCGCCGGUGCCACGCCCAUUCUUUGACCAGUCGGCAUAUUUCGACAAGCUUGCAGCGCCUACUGUGCCCAACAAACUGGCAUCGCUUGUGCUCCGCCCACGCGAACCUGAUGAGACUUCGAAGAAGUGCUCUGACGAGUACUCUGUGUUCUGCAAUGUCUGCGGUGUCGCCACCCCGGAUACGCAUUACCAUUGCAGCAUCUGCAACGAUGGCGACUACGAUUUGUGUGAUAAGUGUGUAAGCGAUGGCAAGCUAUGCCCGGGCGAAAAUCACUGGCUCAUCAAGCGUUUCCCUUACAACGGCGGGUACGUGCAGAGCACGACCACCCGCAUUUCCAACGCAGCACCCCUCAAGCUCGAGUCGGGCGUCGAAGAGCAGAAGAAGGAAACGUCAGACACUUUCAUAGACGACACCAAGGUCUUGUCCUCGGACACUCGCACGCCUACACGCACCUGCAACAGUUGCGUGGUGGUGCUGCCGGAGCGCGAAUUCGUCACCUGCAGUGACUGCGACGACUACGAUUUGUGUAUCUCAUGUUUCUCGACAGUCGAGAAGAGUGGCCACCACCCAGCACACAGCUUCAAGCCAUCUACCCACGAGACUGUCCUGCCAUUCUCCGCCCAAUCUAAUUUGGCUCCAGGCCGCAACGUCCGUCACAAUGCCAUCUGUGAUGGUUGCGACCAGCCGAUCUGUGGUGUCCGUCACAAGUGCUUGACCUGCCCUGACUGGGACUAUUGUAAUGAGUGCGUCAAGACUGCACGUCAAAGCCACCCUCGCCACCGCUUUGCUGCUCUUUACGAACCCAUCGGCGACCAGGGUAUUUCGAUGGUCCGCCACUACGGCAUCUACUGCGAUGGCCCUCUCUGCAGCAAGAAGGUCACUCAAUCAUUUAUUAAUGGUGUCCGGUACAAGUGUACCAUCUGCCACGACACUGACUUUUGUGCAUCUUGCGAGGCUCUACCAGGCAAUCACCACAACCGCACUCACCCGCUCAUCAAGCUUAAGACUCCUGUACGCCACGUGAGCGUUUCCACCGAAAACGAGGAUCGAUGUGGUCAGAUUCGUCUCAUGGGCGACCGUGGCUCUGCUUCAGUCAACAUUCCCGUCACUGCGCCUUCUCCCGUGCAGACUGUCGCAGAGAUCAAGCCAAGUGAGAUCAAGGCAGAGAGUGCGCCCAUUGCCAUCCCGGUGAAGAAGUACCAGGCCUCUGCCCCCGUCCCCGCCCAAUCCGUUCAGCCAAAGUCUGACAUUCCAUUAACCGUGCUGGACGCUCGUUUCGUGCGUGAUACCAUUUCGGACGGCAUGGUUGUCGAGCCUGAGACACGCUUCACACAGGUCUGGACCAUGAAGAACCCGGGCCCAUAUCCUUGGCCUAGUGGCUGCAGUGUCCGCUACGUGGGAGGCGACAACAUGCUCGAUGUGGAUAACAGCCACCCCUCAUCCGUCGCCGCCAUCAACGACGCGACUGAGAGCAACAUUGUAGGCCGUGAGGUUGCUGCCGGAGAAGAGGUUGCAUUCAAAGUUAUUAUGAAGGCUCCUCUGCGCGAAGGCAAGUGUAUUAGCUAUUGGCGCGUCAAGGCAGCCGAUGGUACUCCUUUUGGCAAUCGCUUGUGGUGCGACAUUGAGGUCAAGAAGGCACCACAGGCUGUGGUUUCCAUCGCUCCGACGGUACCAGCACUGGCUGGUGUCCCUCAAAUGCCACGCUGUCAAGUUCGACCCUGUGGAUCGCGCACCUCUUUGCCAUUGCAAUCAGUCCGCUCUUCGCAGCCGCCAACCCCAUCUGAGCAGCCACCAGCCUACAGCAGCACGGAGAGCAUGAAUCUUUCAUCCCGUCUUGUUGCGAUGCGCGAGCAGCAGAAGCAACGCCGCGAGCACAUGCUUGCACAACUCAGUGCCCAACGUGAACAGCUUCAGGCCCAAGGCAUAAAGCGCGAGGAAGUGCCUAUGAGGGGACCUGUCAACCAGCUCAAUGGCCAGCAGAUGGGCAAGGAUGCUCUUCGCCAACGAGUCGCAUACAUCAAGGCAAACAUUCAGAAGACCCGAGAGGAGCGUGAGAAGCUCCGAGCUGAGCACAGCGAGCUGCAAGCCGCAGCCGUGGAGAGAAAGGCAGAGGUGCAAGCAGAGGAUGAGAUCUCGGGCGCGAAGAAGGUUGAUGAGGAGGUUCCCAAGCACCUCGACGCUGAGAAUGGCCUCGAGCGCAGCCAAAUGGUCUUCCCAAAGCUCGAUAAGGAGAGUCCAUCCAGCAGCACACACGAGUCUGCCACCAACAGUGCCCACAAGGGCAAGGCUGCGUACGUGGAGAACGAGGACGGCGAGGUGGAGCGCUCUGCCACCCCCGAUCGAGCAUCUGGUCCUGUUGUUCAUUCCCCAUCCGUUGAUGAAUACGACUUUGCAGAGAUUGACGAUGAGUUGGAAGUGCUCAGUGCCAACGGUGUCGAUAGCGAAGAUGAUGGCUUCAUGACGGAUGAGGAGUACGACAUUCUGGACGCUUCCGAUCAUGAGACGGUUGCUUCUUACUAGCUAGGUCCGCCCGCUCACAUGCUCUGACUGAUAGGCUGCACCACGAACCGAUGAAGAUGACGAGCAGCAAACUCGGUUCAUCACGCUCCGCACACGUGGAGUGGUGUGCUUCACGGAUUGACGACUUGGAAUGGUUGACGAAAUAUGGCGAGCGAGGCGCAAUGAGGACUGAGGUUGGACACAAUGGCGCGUGGGUUCGUGCUUUGUAGCUCGGUAGGAGUAUAAUGAUUCAGCUACCUCCACUGCCUACCGUACCGAUGCCCUGACUCCACGCCGCUGCUAUUGAGUAAGUCUCGUAGCAUAGUCUGCAGAGUGCAUACAUGUUUUAUU